AUUAGGUUGAAGAGAGAGGACCUUUAGCGGUCGCGCAGAUUCAAUUCUCAAGGCUGAAAACGACAGUAAGGAAAGAAAUUAAAAUAAAGUUGAAGGACAAAAAAAAGUUUUUAAAAAGACAGUAGCAAGAUUUCCGCUCAUCAAAACGACACUGCUGUGCUUAGGAUGGCCGACUUCGAUCUGAUUGAUGCACUACAUGAAAGUUCUCCCAGUGUCGAACCAGAAGUGAAGAGAGAUUUCAUUGCUUCUCUGGAGGCAGAGAAAUAUGAUGAUGUUGUUGGAGAAAGUGUGACAAAAGAAAGUUAUGUUCCACUGCUGGAUGAUGAGACAAAAUCCCCUCCUUCAGAGGCUAAAGAGAAUGCUAUGGUGUGCUUACAUGGAGAGGCAGCACCUGAACAAAGUGGGGGAAAAUUGACAGAAUGUGAGUGUGUGCAUAGUAUGAACUUUAAAUCGGGGAAGCAAAUGGAAGCCUUACUAAUAGGCCCUGGAACACAGGAGGAACCAGCAGAGUUGCCAAAUGGAGAGCCUGGUGUUGGAAAAGCUGAUGGCACAGAAAUACACAAAAGUCCUCUGGGUGUGGAGCCACUGUCUUUUGGCCACGAUUAUUACGUAGAAGGGGCAACAAUGGAGACCAUUUCACCUUCAGCACAGAUAGGCACAGAGCCUCCCUUCAGCACCCUUGGCACUUUGGAAAGACCUGAUAUCAAGGAGCUGUCUACCUUGGACAUGAUGUUACCUCCUGGACAUGACAUGAAAGGUGCAACAAUGUCUUGUCCAACACUUCACCUGAACUCUCCAGCCAAAGUUGCGGAAGAUCUGUCAUUUGAAGAAAAGAGAACCUCGGAAUGGGACCCACUUGGAGAGACGGCUCCUCCUCAAGAACAAAUGUUUGAUUCCACAUGGCAAGCCACAGAUUCUAUGGCUACAGUUACAGCACCCUUAGCAUUUGAAGAAGACCUUUGGGUUAAUCAGGAGGACGUAACAAAUAGCAGCACCACACUUUCACCAGCAGAACAAGAACCGAGUACAGAACUCUCAGGAAAUCUGAUGCCUGAAGUAAACUUAUGGGAAAAAGAGGCAUGGCUAACUGAUUUACCAACCAAACCAGCUCAACAGCACAUGGAGCCCACACCAGAAGUAACAGAAGAAUGUGGUGUGCCAUUGAUCAGCCUGCAUCAAGUUGAAUCAUCUUCCCACCCUGUAGACCGUUGUGACCCAGAUCUGAAUAAUGCUCGUUUAAUGGAUGAUUGCUUGCCAGUUUCAAACAUAGCGAAGACCACUGCUGCAGUUGAUACUCCACUGCAGACACCUACAAAAUAUUCACCAAGCAUUCCCCAACAAGAGAACUUGAGCUGUGAUGCAAGACUUUCUCCAUCCACUGAACCAUUUUUGCCAGCCUGUGGGAAUUUUGACUCAUCAGUGGCUGCUAUGGAUCUUAUUAACAACACCACAGGGUUUGCUGUCUCACCUACAGAAACUCCAUUACUGGAGCGAACCCCUGGGAAAGUUAAGCUUGCAGAGGAAAUUGCACAGCAUGUAGGAUCUCCAGCAGGAAAAGUGUCUGUCGAGAAGAAAAAGAAAAAGAAAAAGCGUUCACAUCCAAAAGGAGCCCAACUUCCUCCAAUGGACAUGCAGGCUAAAACUAAAGAGGUUCAAGCAACUGUUUCUGACCAGCGACUGCAGGGGCUACCUGGACAGACAGAGAAACGUAAGGAAAACGUAUUGAACACUGAGGGGGCAUGUAAGGAGGCAUCAGGGGUACAAGUAAAAGCCCAGCAGGUGGAUAGUGUGCAAAAUCCAAGCAAUAUUUGGGCUUCUGAAAGCUCGGAGAGUGAACUAGUACGUUCACCGCUGUAUGACACAGAACCUUCAGAGAGUGAUGUAAGGGCUGUUGUUGAGAGCCAAACAAGCGGGGAAACUCUUGCAGACAGCCAGUCACAAAUGGAGACAAUAUCAGAAGUCGAAUGGACAUGCAGAGAAGUUGCCUCACCUGGGUUCCUCCAGACACCCAAGAUGGAAGAGAAAGUGGAACACUGUCUAGAACUUGAGGAUGACAAUAUCACUUCACCCAACUCUCAGAAUAAGACUGAAGUAAGCAAGGUAGCUCCACAGACUCCUCCGGAAUUAGAUGGCAGAAAAUAUACUCCUUCUGAGUCAGAAGAAAUACCAGAAAUGAAGGAGAUGGAAGGGCCUAGUCUAGCACAUAUAAAUAAAGAACCUACUUCUCCUGGGUCAAAGCACAUGUUUGAGUUGAAUGAAAUGACAGGACAUGAGGCUAGCCAAAUUAUUGCCCCUAGGUCACAGUCACCCUUUGAAGCAAAAGAAGUGGCACAGACCCUGGUGAAAAAUGAAAGUGGCGAAAAUAUUUCCCCUGAUUUACAGCAAACGUUUGAGGUAAAAAAUAUGACAGAGACCCUUACAGAAAAUGCAGAGAGAGAAGCUUCUCUCCUUGAGUCACUGAAAGUGCAUGAGGGAAAGCAGAUAGAGUCUUUGUCAGAGCGUGUGGCUGGACUGACUACACCCCAUCAAUCAGGGCAAAUGUGUAGGUUGAAUGAGAUAGCAGAGGGCCCUGUCAACCAUGUGAAUAAAGAAGCAACUUCCCCCGAAUCUAAUAAAAUAUCUGAAGUGAAGGAGAUGACACAGAUCUGUCUGAAUCAUCAUAGUAGGGAAUCAGGCUCCCUUGGGUUAAAAGAAAGUCCUGAGGUGAAAGACUUGGCAGAAACCCCUUUUGCACAAGUGGGUACAGAAACUGCUCCCCCCGAUUUAGACAUUUCUGAAAAAAAAGGGGUAGUUGAUAUUUCUGUAGAAAAUUGCGUUAGCAAAAUUGCCCCAGUUGAAGAACAGAAGUCUGAGGUAGAAAUGUUGGUUGAGAGUUCGCUAUGUUGGAGCAGAGAAACUGCUCCCUCUGAGUUGCAGCAAAUGUCUGAAGUAAAUGAGACGGCAGAGGAAGCUUUAGAAUGUUGGAACAGGGAAAUUUCUCUUCCUGACUCACAACAAAAAUCUGAGGUGAAGGAAAUAGUGGCAAGUCCUCCAGAAGGUCCAAGUAAGGAAACUGGUUCCCCACAGCUGAAGCAAACAUCUGAAAUGAAGGAGCUGAUGGAAAGUCCUCUAAAAUGUCCAAAUAAGGAAACUGAUUCCCCAGAGAUGCAGCAAACAUCUGAGAUGAAGGAGGUUAUGGAAAGUCCUCUGGAAUGUCCAAACAAUGAAACUGAUCUCCCAGAAGCUCAGCCAGCCUCUGAGGUAAAUGAGAAGGGCCCUGUGGAAUGUCAAGAGGGUUUUCCAAAGGGCACUGACCAAGUCCCUUUGUCUUAUUCAAAACUCAAAGCACACAAACUGUUGGACGAAAAUGAAGAACUAGGUUCAAAGCCAGCUGUGAGAAAAGAAGCAGGGCCUAAAGCCCCCCAAAAACGAGGAUUCCCUAAAGGUGCUUCACAAAGAGAAACUGGAGCAAGAAUACCUUCUGAACAGCACAGAGCUAUAAAGACAUCAAUGCAACCAAAGGUAAUGAAGCCUCCCAAUCAGCGUCAGAGGGAUGUUAAACCACUUGAGCCAGAGAAGAUUGGUGAAGCAAACAUACAGUCUGAUCAGGAAGGAUGUCUGGAUGAAAGUCCUCAACAAAAUGAAGCCAAACCUGAAGAACCAUCAGCAGAAGGCAUGGUUGGAACAGAAAGUGCCGUAACUUCCAAAGAGCGUCCAUUGAGCACAGACACAAAGGGGAAGACGGGCACAUCGGCUGCAAAGAUUUCACCAACCAAAAGUAAGCCACAGCCACCAGCCUCCCUUAAGCGACCUGCAGCAGCUGCUACAAGCCCCAAUAAAAAACUUGUUACAUCCACUUCAGCUACAACAGCAGCUUCUACUUCUAAGCGAGCUUCUUCUAGCCUGGUGCGGCCUUCCUCUGCGACCGCCAAAGAUGCGAAACCAAAGGCAACUGAGGCUAAGAGUCCAGUGAAGCUCCCCUCAACUAGACCAUCGUCUGCAGGUGUGACAAAAACAGCUAGCAACGCUACUGUUAAGAGCAGUACAACGUCAUUGCAAAAAUUGUCAACUGCUCCUGGGCCCGCUCAGAGAAACAACAUGCUCUCCAACCCUAAAAGGCCAACGUCUAUCAAGACUGAACCCAAAUCUGCAGAGAUGAAGAAGUCUCUGUCUGCAAAAUCACCCUUGGGUGAGACAGGACGUCCAAAGACUGCUUCCUCAACCUCUGUUAAGAGCACUGGCACUACUCCAAGUACACCAAGCACACCAAUGGGCAGUAGUACCCCUGCAACACCAUCUAACACCUCUCGGCCACCCAGAACUUUGGCAUUGAAGACAACAGCUGCUUCGGAGGCAAAGAGGGUUGCACCCAUUCCUCGUGCUCCUUCAAAACCCACUGUAGCAUCAGCUCCAAAGCAGCUCCGACCAACCAGUGCUCCAGCACCCGACCUAAAAAAUGUCAAGUCGAAAAUUGGAUCCACAGAUAAUAUCAAGCACCAACCUGGAGGAGGGAAGGCUAAACCAAUAGAGAAAAGACCUGAACCGGUAAGAUUGAGCCGAAAAGCUGAAUCCAGCACUGUGACUCGAGUUACUAAAACCACAACCAUGAAAGAUAGCCAAAAACAAACCAAUGGCAAAGUCCAGAUUGUGAACAAAAAAAUCGACUACAGUCAUGUGCAGUCAAAGUGUGGUUCUAAGGAUAACAUUAAGCAUGUUCCUGGUGGUGGUAAUGUGCAAAUUCCAAAAACUAAGCUGGAUGUGAGUCGUGCAUCGUCAAAGUGUGGAUCCAAGACAAAUCUAAAACACAAAGCAGGUGGUGGGGAUGUGAAGAUAGAGACCACCAAGACUGAUUUCAAGAACAAAGCAGAGUCAAAAAUUGGAUCCUUGGACAACCUCAACCAUACUCCAGGAGGAGGCAAUGUGAAGAAUGAGGGUGAAGAAGAAUCAGAAUCAGCAACGAUCAGUCAGAUUCCAGAAAAUGGGGAUCUGACAGGACAAGCUGAGAGUGGGACACAGCAAAAUGGAGUAGGGGAGGACCCCACUGCCAGGUCUACCGAAACUCACAGCCAAGAGUUACAAAUACAGGAGACAUAUUGAAUCUCGCAAGUUGACGUUCCGUGAGAAUGCCAAAGCCAGGACAGACCACGGAGCAGACAUUGUGUACAAAUCCCCCAACGUCUCAAACAAUACCUCUCCUCUCUGCAGCAUGUCACUGACAGAAAGCCUCAGCUCCCUCGGAUCACCGCAGCUUGCUACUCUCUCUGAAGACCCGUCUGCCGCUCUAGCACAGCAGAACUUGUGAAUUUUUCUUUCCUUCCUUCUUGUUCUUUUCAAACUACAUUUAACCAAAACAAGAAGUUUAGCCUCAUUAACAGGAUUUGUGCUUUAAAAAGGAGUUGUUCCUAUUGAGUUAUUUCAGGGCUGGGUAGCUUUACUGCAAUAUUUUAUCUGAAUUACUCCUCCCUUUGGGACAUUGUGAGAAAUAACUUAAGUUUGUGUUCUUUUGGGGUGACAGACUGGCUCAGUGCUUUGGUUUUUCCAUCAAUGUAUGGCAGAACAGUUUGGAGACUGAGUACAGGAGCUUGUUGGAUCAUCUGUUAAUCAAUGAAUAAUAAUAAAGGGUGCUACUUCUAAUUAAUUCAAACACUCAAAUCCCUGAAAAGCAAAUGUAAAACUUGCCUUUCCAACAACCAUUUAACUAAAUUAAAAGAUUUGUCUGUUUUGUGUAUCUUUUUUCCGAACUGCACUUCCUCAUUUAGUACCUCCAUCCAUGAAAUUCUAAUAGCAGUUCUAAAUUAACAUUUUUUAAAAAAAAAUUUGCCCUUCUGCCUGAAUUUCUAACAACUUACAAAAAUUAUAUUUCCAUUUUACUUUGAAAGUUAUUGCUUUCCCAAUUCUUCCUUUGUCCUCAAAUAAGUAUCAUUGGAAUAUUAAGAUUGACAUUGAGAAAGGAAGGAUGAGGACUGCAGGAGUAUAAAUAUACAAAGAAAAUAUUCAAAAGAAGUGUUUGCGGUGAAUGGUAUUGAGAAAUUAUCAAACUUUAAGGGUUUGUUUAAAAUCUUUUUAAAAACAAAACACAGUCAUUAUUAUUAUAUAGAAUGAUACAUUAUAGGAGGCAGCUAAUGAUUAUUUUUCCCUUGUGAAAUUCUGUAAUGUCUUGGCCAUGUUUCUCUCCAGUGGUAUUUGCCAGAUUCCUAUGCCAUGAGAAUUGUAGUUUUGGGAGUUGAUCACUGCUCACUUCCUUUUUAGGCAUUUUAAUGGAAUUAUAAAAUCUUACAUUUCGCCCAUCAAUCCUGUGCCAAUUCUUUAUAGAGCUUUCCUGUUACUCCCAUUACUCCCACUCUUUCUUCAAAACCCUCUUCUUUAAUUUUCAGUUUCAUAGUGGGUCAACAUUUCUACUUCUGGCCUGUGAAAUAGUGAGAGCUCCAUUCAUUACACUCUCAUUUACUGAGUCUGGUGUUUAAGUGCAGAAUUAAUUUAUUGUCACUCAAAUGUCAUUUAUUUCAGCCACAGUGAGAACUGAGUGGGAUAGAGGACCAUCUUCUACCUGAACCACUUGUUAUUGUUUGGUGGUUCAACCGAGUCAAGAGCAUUCAGAGCACGCUGGUUUGAUACUCAGCACGUUAACAAGUGGGUGCACUUUAAAACCAGCCUUAUUAACAUUAUUCAAACUGAUCUUGACUGAGGGCAGAUGGGGAUUAAAAAAUAAUUGAAAUGUAAAACCAUGAACCAGCAGAGAAUGGUUGUGGAUAUGUUUGCUGUCAAGUGUGUGCCCUGUAAGGAGAUCUAUUGAAGCUAUGGGUGUUGAAUCCAUCACUCAAACCAAAUUCCUGGAGUUCCGAAAACCUAGAAUCUCAAGCUGUGAACUUGUCCCUCCCAUUUAACAUUCUGUUUUUAGUGAGUAGAAUAUAGUAGGGGAAAGGUGAAGCUAUCAGGACCUGUAUACAGGCAAAGGUAGUCAACCUGAAAUAUUAACCCUGCCUUCCUCCCUGCAGAGGUGAGGUGCUGUGUUUUCACUCUCUCCCCCUUUCAAUUGAAUGUCACAUCCUUGGGAAUCUUCUCCAUAAUAAUAAAGAACAACUUAAGAUAAAAGCCAAUCUGUUUAAAUUUGUGUUUUGCACAAGUGAUAUGGCUAAAAUGUUCGCUCCAUCCAGUGUGAUCUGAUUUUAUUUUUGAGGACCCUUUACCUGUUUUCAAAAGUGUUUAAAUUUAAAGCAUAUUCCCAAAUGCUGAUGUGUUGAAAAGGGACUGUUUUGCUUUAUUUUAGCAUCUCUUAUUGGGACCACAUAUGUGAUUGUUAGUGGCACCUUUCAAAAUGUGUGCUUGCAGUAAAGUUGAAAUAUCUCAAUGUCAUCCUUAAAUCCAAUUAAAAUAAGCAUCCAGGGGUGACCUAUCCAGCUACAAACCUGGUGGGAGGGUAAUUUGGUUAGAGGGAGGGCUAGAGUCACAACUGGAUUUUUCUGUGUAGUGAUUCAAAGCCAUUACCUGCUCUUCCUGCAUUAAGAACAAGUCCUGUUAGUGAAUAAAACAGAGGCAUCUUUCCCUCAGUCUUUACAGCUUCUCUGUUACUGCCUCAGUGUUUAAAUCUGUUUCAAAAGAAAACUGUAAAUUGUUUUAACUUAUAGAUUUCUUCAAAAGUUAAUAUUUGGUGAUGAAGUACUGACCAUUGUAAAAUGAGUGGUGAUUUAAAAAUACGAUUAACUUUGUUUUCUAAGCAAUAUAAUCUUAAAGGUUGUGUUAAGUUGAGUGCCAGCUUUAUUAGGAGGAGUCGUUUCAGUUAGGAUGGUGGUCUGGGUUAGUGUCUUCCAGGAAAGUUUGUUUGCAGUGGAGUUUGGUAUAGAAAGCAGGUGGGUAUACGUGGAAGUGAUGUUCGUACAGAAUUAUAUGAAAUGAAAAGGAAAGAAAGGGAGACUUUUAAAACAGCAUGGUCAUAAAACAAUGUGUAGCAAUGAGCCGAGUUUUAAUGGACGAUAUGACGUUGAAGUUAGUGACACAAAAUGGUAGCUGCCACAAGUGAAUGAGUGGAGAUAUAGGUUCCUUGUCCCUUGUGCCUUGUGUGUAUUUAGAUUUAUCAAACAUAAACUUGCAGGUUUCGCUCAUGCAGUGGGUGAGAGAUGUGCACAAUGCAGUUGUGUUCAGUAACUGGCCUCCAAAGAAGGAGCUCGGACUAUAAAGUACUGAGUGUCUUCACCAGCACAAAGGGAAUUCAUAUAAAUUAUCUGUUUGAACAACACGAGAUCAAAAUUCUGCAGAGCAACUCCAGAAAUGUGUGCAAUAUUGUACCCUUCCACAGAAUUUUUAAAUUUGCAUGAGGUGAGAAUGAAGCCCUGAUCUACAGAAUGUCUCCUUCAGUUUGUGGAAGGCCAGUACAAAGUCAGCGAGACCUGGAUGUCACCAGAGGCACGGAGCUCUCCAUCUCUUUUCUCAAUAGUGUACUGUCUGAUGUGGUAGGUGGAGAGAUAAAGUUUGGUAUCCUUAUUUGGGAUACAAAUGAAAGAUGUUUCUGUUGGCGAGUUAAACCCUGCCUAAUUUGGGGAGGUAGACCCAAACUGAUAAAGGCAGAUGAAAGGGGUUAACCAUGGAAGAUCAUGUGUGAAUUGAUGAAUCUGGCUUUUACAACAGGGCUUUACUGUUCAGGUGAAGUAGGUUAUUCUGGUGUAACAUUCAUGUUUGCUUUAUCAAGAUUUGGCAGACAGUGGUAACUCUUGCUGAAAAGGAUGUACAGUGUUCCAAACUUGCUGCUGUUUAUCUUCAGCCCAGUGCCAUUUGUUGUGAAUUUACUGCCUCUGCUCCAGUCUGUCCCAAUACCAUCACUGCUUCUCUCCAGCCUUGCAUUGCAUUUGCAAUCGUAGCUGCACUUAAGCUUUUAACACUAUUCAAAAUAGCUCGUGUUUAAUAUAUAAAUAUAUUUUCUGUUAUUGUUUACACUUAAUUCAAAGUAGCUCUAGAAGAUGGCUGUUUAUAACAACAUUUUUAUUCUCUGCACUAAUGUUCAGGUGUGUGUUGAGAGAUGGAAAGGACUGUGUAGCGUUUUGAGUUAUCUUUUUUAAAAGACGAAAGUUUGUUUUGUAUAUGUGCGUGUGUGUGUUUUCAGAACUUACACCAGUGGAAAGAUAGCAAACUCACUUUAACUGGUCCUUAGAUCAAUGACUUCAGCGUUACGUUAGUGUACAGCUUGUGCCCAAAUGCAGUUUUGUUUUUUGUGUGAAUUAGGAUGGGUAUGAGAGCUGUCUGGGAAAACUAAGAUUCCAGUGAACUACUGUCCUGGAGUUGCUGGAGGUUUAGCACCGUUCCUGAUUGAAAAGUGUCUCCAUAUUAGACAUUCAUGUAACACCAGGUUUCUGUUUUCCUAUUUCACCCAUUACCCCUCUUGUUGAAAGGAGUGAUUCAUGCUGGGGCUGUACCAUUUUGUGGGUGAGGUAAUUCUGAUUUACUCAUCGAUAUGGCCAUUCCCAAUGAACUACCCAUAAGUAUGCCAAUACAUGUGUCUGUAACUGAACGUGUUGUAUAGCAAACAAGAACUCUUUUCCAGCCGGUCAGACCAUCAGUUAAAAUUUUGUUUCUUGAAUACUGUAGCAAGCCUUCAGGAUUUAUAACAGGAACUGGAGGGGGGAGUACCUAGUUUUGGAAGCUUUUUCUGCUGUUAGCUUAUCUCAGUCGACUGAUCAAGUGAUAUAGUGUCAGUGGCUGCAGUAGAUCCCCUAGAUUGCUAGUUAUCUUCCAGGUCACGUUAUCCCCUGUCCAUCUCCCACUGCAGUUUUACAUGUAGCAAAGAAUGAGAUCACCUUUGUUGUUACAACCAGUCUUAUUGGAUAUUCUGUACACAAUGUCUGGGAGAAUUAAGGAGCCCCACAAGAGUUUCGGCCCUUCAGGAAAUGAAAGAGUAGAAAUUAGCGAGUGAUGUUAAAGAAAUGGAGAGGUAUUAAUGAUGUUUAUUGGGUUUUGUAUUGGCUUUUAGAAGCACCUUUGUUGUGAAUCAGUCUGCUUUGUCCUUUCCUUUCAAAUUCCCAUUAGGGGAGAUUAAAGGGUUAGGGCACGUGUUUGGUGGGCCCUUCUCUGUUUUCAAUAACUUGUUAAAAAUCUAUUGCUAAGAGCCAUUGCUAUUCAUCUUUGCUCCAUUUACCAGUGGAAUAAGAUUAGAUUCAUUUCAGUACAAGAAUACACAUUUGAACAAAAUUGAUUUUUAGGACAAAAGUGGGAUUGCUGUGAGCUCGAGAAUCCCAUAACAGAUUGGUUCAGGUUUACAAUUGUGUUGAAAAGUGCUAUAUAAAAAUUUUUGCAUCCAACAGUUUGUAAAGAAUUGUACAAUCUGCUCAGUGCGAGGAUUUCAGAUGUUAUGUGCAUGUAUAUUUGUUACCAGGAUCAAUUUAAAGUGAUGUUUUGUGCUGCUGUGAUUGUGAUUACUUCCUUUUGCAUUGCCUUUGUGUGGCUUGAUGUGAAUUGGUCUGUACCAGAAGCAACUGAUUCUUUGACAUCAUUUGAAUGCCGUGUGUUUUUAAACCGCCAUACCACUUCCCAGUACUACCUGGAGUAGAAAGAUGCUAUUGUAGUGCAAUUAUGGGUGGCCAACCAGUCUGAGGAAACUGUAGUACAUUCACAACUGACAUCUCAACUUUCUUGGUUGAGAGAGAGAUCUGGGAGCGUGCAUGAUGGAAAUCAGCCUGGGUUGUCACUUCUAAUGGCUAUUCGGCAACUAAAUGUAGGACUAAUGUAUCUAAUAAAUGUCCAGAGAAAAGAAUAGGUUUAGGUUGCUUCUGUAGACAAAUAGCUCACCUAGAUUAUUAGUCAUGGGCGAAGUGCUUAUGAAAGCAAGAUCCAACUCUUUGGUACAUGUGGAGGUGGGGAAUAAUCUGGCAGGCCAUUAAAACUUGGAGUCUAAUGAGAGCCACUUUAGGGAAUGUGUAAAUGGUAUUUCAAUAAUCAGUGUGACUUGAUUCCAGAGGUAAUGUUCGAUAUGACCUAUAAUGUCCUCCUCAUCUUGAUGUCACCCUCCCCUCUCCUACUCACCAUCCACCGAAAAAAUUUCCUCUGUUACUGUACCACUGUGACUCUUGGCCACACGAGAUCAUCUCCAGAAUGAACAUAUUUGCUUGUGAAUUGUUCCUUUGAAUGAAUAAGCAAACUUUUGUUUUGCAU